UUUUUAAGUUCAAAGUUCCAAAAAUGGAUAGAUUUAUGAUAGAAAUAGUUCAUUUCAUUAAACUUUCGUUAAUAACUUGAACUGCAAGUGAUUUUAGAGAAAUUAAAAUACCUGAGCGAAAACGUAUUACAAUGGCGGAUUCAUCAUCUCACUUGAACUGGUUGAUCAUCCGUGAUCACAAUGCGUUUCUCUUGAAACGUCGGAACAUCAAGAAAGCUUUCAGCACGGAGCCAAACAACCUGACCAAUCAGAGUACAUACCGUUACAGUGGACUGGUUCAUAAGAAGUCGCUCGGAAUCGUACCCGCCGAUAAGGGUAUAAGCGUGGUCUACAAGCGGCCAAAGAGACACACCAAGCCUGCUAAGGCCACCGUGAAGGUAACGUUGAAGCAUCGUUCUCGCCGCACAUUGAAGAAGCUAAAGAACAUCAUCAAUGCUAAUCGCUACCGACGGGAUUUGCGCCAGGCUGCUCUGCGUCGUGCCAGCGCCAUCCUUCGUUCCCAGCGACCAACAACGGUCAACAAGAAGGUUAAGAGCACUGCAGCAGCCUCGGGAAGCACGGCAUCUGCUGCUGCCCCUAAGAAGGCCGAAUAAGCUGUUGACGGUGAUGGGAGAAUGCGAAGUCUGUGCGAGGGAGAAGUUAAUUGUAAUUGAUUACUUCUGAUAAAUAUUAACAGUCGUGAGCUCGGUGAGGGAACGACUUCAAAUAAAAAGCUGUAAAACAAUA